AUGGACGUAGGAGUGCUGCACUUCGGCGACCUAGACUGGCUCUGGACCCAGAAAAUAGCGAAUCCCAACUCACCCUACGAAUUCGCGGGGUUCACUAUGGGGGAGUUCCCUGAGAUCUCAGCCGUGAAUUUCUGGUUGAUGGCCGGGCCGGAGAAUCCGCUUGUUGCGCGGGCGCACUACAUCCUACUCAAGCUUUGGGAAGGCAAGACAAAUACGAAAGGCGCGUCGAGGCAUCCACUUGUGAGUCAUGUUCCGUUGAUGCGGGUGCCGCAGGAAGUUGUUGUAGAAGAGGAGGGCAAGGGCAAGAUGGUAAUCAACGACGAAGCGAUGACGGACUACGCGGUGCAGAUCCAAUGUUUGGGUGCUGCGCAGCGAUGGUUGGAUGUGCAAGACGGUUGGAAUGGUCCGAAGUACGUGCGCGAGAAGUGUUGGUUUUACAGCAUGAUCGAUCAAACUUACGUGCACGAAACAUUGACCAAUUGGACGAGUAAGAAGCAACAUGAGCUUUUUGCUUUGUCUCUACCGGGGCAUGAAGAGCAGGAAAGCGAAGAUCAGAAGCUUGCAAGAACGAUCGUGGAGAAGGCGGUUGCUGAGAGCUGGUGCAUGAAACUCGGGCAUGGCUUCUCGGCGAAGUUGUUUGGUGCAGCCACUUUGGGGAUGUUGUGGAGGAAGCACAGUGGGACAGAUUGUCAAGAAGGGACAUAUGGUGGGUGGCUGAGGUGGGCUGAAGUGAAUUGCAAGCAGGACAAGACGCCAGCACCGUUGGAUAUCCCGUCGUAUGAGCCCACUAUGACGGGGCGAUUGUUUGAGUUCGAUUAG